CGUGGCCAUUAUAAUGGGGACACAGAGGGAUAUCUGAUCCACCUCUGUUCUUCCCAAGUCCUCAUUAUCGCAGGCAUUUCAUAGCUGAAAUAUCUGUUCGCAUCUCCACAGUAUUGCAGAGCGACACACUCGCAGACUAAAACUGCGUUCGCAUGCUGGGCUGUAUGUCACAGGGAAAUGGGGAACAAGCAGACUGUUUUCACUCAACAGCAGCUGGAUGCGUAUCAGGACUGUACAUUUUUCACCAGAAAAGAAAUUUUAAGGCUGUUUCAUAGGUAUCACGAUUUGGCCCCACAGCUUGUUCCGCUUGACUACACCACCCAGCCAGAUGUGCGUCUGCCCUAUGAGCUGAUUGACAGCAUGCCAGAACUGAAGGAUAAUCCGUUUAGGCAGAGAAUCGCAGAAGUGUUUUCUGAGGAUGGAGAAGGAAACAUGACUUUGGACGAUUUCUUGGAUAUGUUCUCAGUGCUGAGCGAAAUGGCACCAAGAGAUCUAAAGGCCUACUAUGCAUUCAAAAUCUAUGACUUUAACAACGACGACUUCAUUUGUAAAUCGGACCUGGAGAAGACCUUGAACAAGCUAACGCGGAACGAGCUAACCGAGGACGAAGUGAGCAUGGUGUGUGAAAAAGUCCUCGACGAAGCCGAUAUGGACAACGACGGCCGUCUGUCACUAGAGGAUUUCCAGCACAUGAUCGUGAGAGCACCAGACUUUCUCAGCACAUUCCAUAUCAGAAUAUAAGACAAGUAUGGAUUUAAGGACAAGUCUCUUCUCUGACUGAGCAGAAUGUAGACACUACAGGACAGUGACGAGAAGAUGGAGGAAAUAUCACCUGACCUCAGGAAAAAAUUACAGCACUUUUCUGCAGAGAACAACGAAUCAAUGAAACAGCGAAAUGCAUCAAACCAAGUUGUUGCACUUCCUCGAUCGACACUUCAUGUUUUAGUUUCCUCCCUUCAAUGCGACUUUUGUUUGAUGAUAAUAAGCAUUGUUUGAGAUCCAUGGCUUCAAAA